AUGGAUGACACACACAAAAUGGGAUUCCUGGGGGCAACCUCAUACGUCAUAGGAAACAUCAUUGGCUCAGGAAUCUUCAUCACACCAACAUCUAUAUUAAGAUGUACGGAUAGUGUAGGAUUAUCAUUAGUUAUUUGGGUUACAUGUGCUAUAAUAGCUAUAUUAGGAGCAUUAUGUUAUAUUGAAUUAGGAACAUCUAUACGCGAAGCCGGAUGUGAUUUCGCUUACAUAUGUUAUGUUAAAUGGUAUUCAAUAGCUUUUGCUUUCAUGUGGGUUUCAGUAUUAAUGACAUAUCCAGCUACGAUAGCAAUUAUUGCUCAAACGUUUGGACAAUAUCUAACAGAAGGACUAAAACAGUAUUACGAUAUCGAUGAAGAUCUUAUUCCAUUAUGUCAAAAGUUAUUCGGAUUUUCCUUAUUAUGGUUGGUUACAUGGAUGAACUUCUUCAGUUUGAACAAGUUCGCUGCUCGCUUUCAAAUUUUAGCGACAGCAGCCAAGCUUAUAUCUUGUGCUGUCAUUAUUGUUACAGGAUUUUACUUUUACUAUAUACGAGGUUGGAAAUCUAAUUUGGAAGAUCCAAUGAAGGGGUCCAAUUACCGCAUGGGAGAUUUAAUUCUUGGAUUUUAUGGUGGUCUAUGGGCAUAUUCUGGAUGGGAUGUGUUGAAUUAUUCAGCUGGCGAAAUAGCUAAGCCACGCAGAACAAUACCCUUAGCUCUAUUAGGAGGAAUAGGAAUAGUCACAACUGUCUAUGUGGCUAUUAAUGUAGCUUAUUUCGUUGUUUUAGAUGUUGAAACAUUCAAAUCUUCUAAUGCAGUUGCUGCUUUGUUCAGUCAAGCUACUCUUGGCUCUUUCGCUAACGUCAUACCUUUCCUUAUUGGAGUUUUGCUUGUUGGCUCAUUGAACAGUAAUCUUUUCUCAGGAAGCAGAUAUAUGUUUGCUGCUGCUAGACAAGGUCAUCUACCUUCUUGCUUUGCUUUGGUUAAUUUAGAAAAUGAAUCUCCGCGUGUUGCAGUCUUUGCUCAAUCUGCGUUGGCUAUAGCUAUUUCGUUUGUUGGAGACUUAGAUGCUCUUAUUAGCUAUUGUAUGUUUGGAUUUUGGGCUCAGCGUAUUUUCACCUUAAUUGGAUUAUUGAUAAUCAGACACAAUCAUAUUCCUGUUCAUGCUGAUGCUAUUCGCAUGCCACUCUGGUGCAUAUACUCAUUUCUGAUCAUAACAAUUGCUCUUGUUGUUAUUCCUAUCUUCCAAGAGUUUGAAGUAACCUCUUUAGCUAUAGCUAUUCUUCUUGUUGGAUUUGGAUUAUACUAUAUCUUUAUACAUAAUAAUAUUCUACCAAUGUGGUUAUUAGAGUUUAAUGAGAAGAUAACCUUCUUCUGUUGCAUUGUAUUCAACUGUCUACCAGACAUUAAGCCGGGUGUUACAACUAUUUUGGCUUCAUCUGACUCUAGUCAAGCACUUCUUGUCAAGAGAUUAUCACAAACACGGCUAUCAGAUGAUUCAUUACCUGAUUUACAUUCUGAUGAGAAGAAUAUUCUUCGUCGCAUUGGUAGCUCUAAUGGUUUGAAGAUGAUACCUGUACCUUUCAUCAAGUCUACUUCACCUCUAAGAAAAUAA